GUGCAAACUGGGAAAUCAGCUUCAGUCAGUAAGUUUCGAAGACCCAAGAUGAGCCGCCCCCAAGCUGCCUUGACCACGUGGUGGAAGAAGUACGCGCCCGAGACGGGCCGCGUCGUGCGCACGCUCUCGCCGUACGAGCAGCGCCCGGUUGACUAUCUGAUCAAGUCGGCGCCGCAGAAGGCCCUUCGCAAGGUCCAGGAAAACGCGCUUGUGCUCGUCCCUUCGUUCUUCUUGCUCUGGGGCACUGUCGCCUGGGCCAAGGGCGAGAACGACCGCUACCACCGCACCCACUGGGCUUAAAUAACGCGCGGCGAUAUCCUCAAUUCAUAGAAUGUAUUACCGUGGCCUGCGUCC